UUUCAGAUGGUAGAAAAUAUGCCCAUAGGGCUUAUUGGUGACCUGAUGAGGUCAUUUUCAUGGAAUAUGCCUACUCAUAUACCUCUCGAACCCCUAUUGGAAACAGAAAUCUUUCAACAUCAACUCCGUCAGCAACUUCAACUUCUUGCCCAACACGCUCAACUUUCACUAAUCACACCAUCACCAACAGUAUCCCCACCAUCAGAUACUUCAUCACCUCCUAAUGUAAUUGGAUGUCCUGAAACAACAUCAUUUUCAUCAACAUCCAGAAAAUCAAAGUCAUCAAAGUCAAGUCCAUUGGCAAGUCCAACAAGACUUGUUGCUAGUGAACUAAACAGAAAUGUGAGUAAGACUUAUUCCGACUGUGAGAAGAAGCAUUUCCUUGAUGUAGCAUAUGAAAACAACUGGGGGACCACAGUAGCUGCGAAUAAAUUCACGAGGAUCUGGGGAAAGGGACCGACAAGGCGAAUGUUUUAUUGGUGGAGAGAGCAGUUUAAGAAAGAACACGACCGCGAGCAGAAAACUCUGGAAGAUCUUCGUGAUCGUAAAACAGAAAUAACUCUUGAAUUUUCCAAGUUCAAUCAAAAUCCAGACCCUGCAGAUUAUGCGAAGACCUGCCUUCAACAAAUCGCCGCCAUUGAUGCAGAUAUAGCUAAUUUAUUAGGGAAAAAACAAAAGAAUUGUUGCUCAAUAACUGGAGAAGCAUGUGUACAUGGUGAUGGACUACAGGAGGAAACCUCAAUGGUUCGAAGAUUCACAACUCCUUUUAUUUGUGAAUUUUGUCAAAUGCCAUUUCAAAAGGAAACAACAUGUUACAUACACCAAAAGUUAUGCAAAUCCCGAUUUGUAAACGUGUCGACAACAGAUACACCAAUUCCAAAAUCUUCAAAAUCUUCACCUGGAAAAUCAACACCAACAUUUGCACUUCCAUCGCCUCCUGUACCUUUGAAAAGCCCUGAACCUCAAUAUUGUCAUCAGUCCAUUGUUGCUCCAACAAGUGAUUUGACAGAGCUCGCCGAGCAGUUAAUUGCUCGUUUGGCAGCUUGUGCAGGCGGACUGCAACCUACAGUAAUCUCAAAUUGAUUUCUUCACUUUUUUGAUAUGUUGAAUAAUGUUUUAUUUUGUUCUUAUGGUACGAUUAUUUUUCCGCUAGAUACAAUUUCAGUAGUUUUUAGUUAUUUUGUCAUUAGACCUUCCCGAUGUAUUUUAUCUUACCUCUAUUAGUUCCCCCGUGCAUUCUGUCGGCAAAAUGGUUGCAAUUGGAAAACCAGUGAAAAUAAGUUGUCAUUUGUAAUAUUCUGUGUUGUUUUAGUGGAUAAUACGAGCCAGUGUCAUGCUGUUAUUUUGUUUUUAUUUCAAUUCCUUUCAACAAAAUUCAAUCAGAGCUCGUUUGCAUCCUACAUUUAUCUUAGUAAAAUAUGUACUGCUUGCCCUUUCAUAGUGCCAUUCAGAAAUCCGUCAGUUCCUUUGUCGGAUUUCUGAAACGUUGCCGAAAACUUUGUAAACACUCCCCAUACCAUUCCUUUUAUUCCACAUUGCUCCCGCCCAAUAACCCUUUCCAAUACUCUUUCUCAGAUUUCUCAAAUACCAUGUCCAAAUGUUCUCUGCUACUUAUUUGCUCUUUUUAAUAUCCUGAAUUGACAACAAAUUUAUCGUUAAUAAGAACAAUAAAUCAAUUUUGUUUUUAAAA